GACUAGCUUUGCGACGCCUUGUCUCGUGCUGGUGGCUUUUCGUGCCUGGCGCACUCUAUGUGUUUUCAAAGGCAGUGGUGCACCACUUUUUUGAAGGGUUCAGAGUCCUAUACAAAGCUUACAUAAUGCCCCCCGCGGUGUUUGUCGUCAUGCUGCUCAUACCCUUCCUCUUCUUUCGCUUGAGCACCCACAGGAAUAAGACUGUUAUUCGGCACAGGAAGAUGACGUAUUCCAUCCAGCUGACGUUGAUAUAUUCUGUAAAUGUGUUACUCGGACACGUCACGUAAGCCGAAAUGCCCAUGUCAACAUUCGAUGUUGGCCUGCUUGUGUGUCUCCGGCAGCCAAUUCUUUUUCCUGCCUCUGGCCGUAGAAACGGCGACGACCGAUACGGAGCGGACACGAGUGGCAUUCGGUUUCCUGCUGAUCACGUGGCCACUCCUUGGAUUAGGUACGUUGGUUCUGCGAUGAUGCUGAUGUGCGCGAAAUGGCCUAGCCGUUCUUACAAAUCAAUCAGUGACGGCCACCAAUCGGGCUAUUCGGGAUGGAUCAGCACUGCAGACAGCACCAUGUCUCGCCUUUGGGGCUGUUGCGCAUGCUUUGUUUCCUCGCAUGUAAGCAGCACCCAAGUGAGAGACGAAUAUACAUGAUCAAUGCAUUGCUCUACAGACUUCAGUCAAAAAUGGCAUUGCUUUCGCUGCAUCAAAUCCUGACAUCUGUCGCUCUCGGGUAAGGUCUGCCUGACAUAUUGGCCCCUGCCAUUCGCUGCCCUGUCCAUUCUCCUCGGACAGGUGCUUCGACCUCUUGACAGACAUCGCGAUUCCAUAUUGUAUGCAAGCAAUCGAUACAUUGCAUUCCAAGUCAUGUCUCUUCACAUUCUUCUUGCGUGAGCAGGCGUUCUCCUUGGUGGCGCGAGCAGGAGGCUAUUCAUACGACUGGUGGCCCGCUUCAAGCCGAAGCAAAGGGAGACGCAAGAUCAACAUGAUGCUGUCGACAUUAUUGACGUCAGGGACGCUAUGGGAGCUACGGCUAAGAGCAACAGCGAUCGAAAGCCCGGCCCUCCACUGAGUGGUCUUUCCACGAGGGCGGCGUCGUACCGCCGUUCGAAGAGUGCGGCAUUCGAUCGCCUCCGCUCCAUGUUAAGCCGCUCGUCGCUUGCAUCGCAGCUGAGUAGGAUACUUGACGCGCAGUCCAAAUUCGUGACGGCGGGGUACCAUCCUAUGUUCCUUCGUCGACUCAGCGACGUGAGCACUUGACAGGAAGAGUCAUACAUUCCAUCCAUGUAUGUCUCCUUUUCCUGUUGAUUGAGUACAGCAAGUCCAUUUGUACGGCCUGGCGGAGCUGACCGCACUGGUACGAACACAUGCAGGGAGGCAGGGACGUGAUGCUUCCGUUCUGUCACCUUACUUACAGAUCUUCUCCAAUUUGUGCUCCAUCAUCUUUGAACAGGUGUGUGUGGACCUGCAGUAUCACACCUGCCUGUGUAUGUGUUUCGUCAUACAGAUGUUGUUUCCAUCUGGCGAGCGGUUGGCGGAGAGACUGGCUGGCCUGGCGGUCCUUGUGCUUAUCGAGAUGAGCCUCGAAUUCCUACUCUUCUGCGUGAGCUACAUAGCUCUCCAUUAAAGCGCAAAGACAAGGGCAAUUCCAUUCGCUCACCAUCUGCCUGGGUGUGGCUGGCUGUCUUGUCUUGGUGCGUUGGAUGCAGUACAUGGUUCGUGUGAUCAAUUUGCCAUUGAUCAGGAGCGAGAGGGAGCCGAAAGCCGUGAGAAUGCGACUCAUGGGCAUGUUUUUCGCCGGCAGCAUCUGUGUCGUUCACGGCGCUUCACACAUAGUCGCCUUCGUUUUGCAGUCGUUGGACAGAGCGGCAUAUGGCAGCGUGGAGCUGCACGACUACUGUCCGCACGACUCUUUCCUCUUGCGGAGACACAUGGGGGCAUAAUUGAUUGAAAUCAGCCAGCCAGCCAGCCAGUUGGUGAGUGAGAUACAUAUCCGUAUGCCGUGCUGUGCUCUGCUAAGGCAAGAAAAAUGGCUGUCGUCAAGGUUUUCAUGUCUCAUAUGGGUAGGGCUGAUAUUGACGAGUGAGUGGUGCCCGCAACGUACUAGGACUUAUUGGUUGUGAUUGGCGAUUAAGCGGAGCUUUGGUGUCGUUUCGCUCCACCUCACCAAUCUGAGUUGUCUGCGUUGGUUCGAU